AGACAACAAAUCAAAAUAUUGCAAUUUGUUGAAAUUAAUAUCCAACAAUAUCAGUUGUGCAUCAUGUAUCCUGUGAGCUCGCAGAAAAAAUCCUGGACAUUUGCCAAUGAGUCGCAGCUGUUGGCCUUUCGUGUGGAGCAGAAUUCCAAGUACAUUGGAGAGCACGACUCCGAGUGUCAGGAUAGCGACCUAGAGGAAUUUUUUCUCACGCCGGCGGAGGAGCGCCUGCUGCUGAAGCAAUAUGAAGUCUAUUUGUUUGAUUUUUGCCGACGCUUCGAUCCGCCCAUGCCCAAAUGUGUGGUGGGCACCGCAUUUCACUAUUUCAAGCGCUUCUAUCUGAACAAUACGCCGAUGGACUAUCAUCCCAAGGAAAUACUAGCCACCUGUGUGUUCGUUGCCUGCAAGGUGGAGGAGUUUAACGUGUCCAUAAGUCAGUUUGUCAACAAUAUCAAGGGCGACCGGAACAAAGCCACAGACAUUGUGCUGUCUAAUGAGCUGCUGUUGAUUGGCCAACUGAACUACUACCUUACCAUACACAAUCCGUUCAGACCCAUUGAGGGGUUUCUUAUAGACAUAAAGACUCGGAGCAAUAUGCAGAACCCGGAUCGUUUACGUCCACAUAUUGAAAGCUUCAUCGAUUCCACUUAUUACACGGAUGCCUGCCUGUUGCAUACACCGUCACAGAUCGGCCUAGCCGCUGUGCUGCAUGCGGCCAGCCGAGAGCAGGAGAAUCUGGACAGCUAUGUGACUGAUUUGCUGUUUGUGUCAGCGCGGGAUAAGCUGCCAAGUCUUAUUGAUGCCGUACGAAAAAUCCGUAUCAUGGUCAAACAGUACCAGCAACCCGAUCGGGAUAAGGUCAAAGCCAUCGAAAAAAAACUAGAUAAGUGCCGCAAUCAGGCAAAUAACCCAGACAGUGAACUGUAUAAGGAGCGCUUACGGCGAAUGUACACUGAUGAGGACGAUAUUCCCGCUGAGGAUGCCUCUUUUCAUAUUGCUGAUGUGAGCUCGGACACCUCCGCUAUGAAUACCAGCCAAUAAAUAGAAUAUACAAAAUGAAA